AACUAAUCGUUAUGUAUUGUUAUUGUUUUUAUUUUAUACAGUACCGACCGAUAUUUGAUUAUUUUAUUAUAAUAUGAAUUAAAAGAUUAAUUUUAAGCCAAAAAUUAAUUAGCAAUGAAUCGCUUAUUGUUUCCUAUUAUAAAAACACAUAAAAAAUUAUACUCCGGUAAUGCAAUUCCUCUUAGUCGGGCUGUUUUCGAAGUGAAGCGAAAUUAUGGAUGUGUGACGCAAACGACAAACAAAUGGAAAUUGGCUGAAUCGGAUAGGAAUAAACGACGAAAUGGUAACUGCUUUAAACGUUACAAUUCCACUGCAGCAAGCGCGGUCGUUGACACGGCACUUCCUGCCAUUGAUCCAGGAUUUUUUGCCAGUGUCUAUCAGUCGCUAUCGUCAAGUACGCCAGUGGCGUACAUGCAACAGGGUCUAAUAGAAAUCCACGAUUUUACUGGUUUACCCUGGUGGUUGUCGAUAGUGGCGUCUACGUUCCUAUUUCGUAGCUUAGUGACACUACCUCUGACAGUUUAUCAACACAAAAUCACAGCACGCCUUGAAAAAAUAUCCCUGGAAAUGCCCGCCAUUGUCGAAGAAUUGAAAAAGGAAGCUGCAAUGGCUAUGAAGAAAUUCAAAUGGACCGAACAGCAGACUAAACUUGUCUAUCAAAGAUCGAUCCACAAGCAAUGGACUAAUCUAAUAGUGCGAGAUAAUUGCCAUCCUGCAAAAACGUUUAUUGUUCUGUGGGCCCAAAUACCGUUGUGGAUCUUCCAAUCAAUGGCUUUACGUAAUAUGAUCAAUAUGAUGCCAGAUCCCACAUCGCUUCAGGCUCAAAUUGUUGUAACUGAAAUGACAAUCGGUGGUUUUGGAUGGAUUCCAAAUUUAAGCGUAGUUGAUAGUUCAUAUAUAUUGCCUGUGGCUUUAGGUUUAAUAAAUUUGGGUAUCAUUGAGAUACAAACCAUGUUAAAAAAUCGCCCCACAACACGUUUUCAAAACAUAAUUAGCAAUGUAUUCCGAGGCCUUAGUAUAUGCAUGAUUCCUGUAGCAUGUGCGGUACCAUCUGGUCUCACUGUUUAUUGGGUAGCUUCAUCUACCUAUGGUUUGGUACAAAAUCUAGCCUUGGCAUCGCCUAGUGUCAAACGGGCUCUGGGUAUACCAAAAACCAAGAAUGAAUUAGAAAAUCCCUAUCAACAUUUAUGGCUGAGGACAAAACAACGCAUAGGAUUGGAAAAGAAACCGUCUACUGCCCAAGGUGUUAUAUCCGAUGCACUAACAUCAAAUAAAACAUCUUCUAAGGAAAAUGAAGCGUCACCAAAAAAGAAACUGUAAAAAUGUGCAAAAAAUAAGUGAAUGUUUGUUAUAAUAAACUUUUUUUUUUUAAUUAAACCAUCACCAAUUGCA